GAUUAUACCGCCACCUAGUGCAAAGAUCAUGUUGUGACAAGUUGUGCCAACUUCCUGUUUGGAACUGUGUUGGGACUAGCCAGCUGAUUACCUAUUGUCCAUGCUAAGCUAGCUGCUAACUUUAGCUGCAACAACAAUGAACAUCCUGCCGAAGAAAAGUUGGCACGUGCGCAACAAAGACAACGUCGCACGCGUGCGUCGAGAUGAAGCGCAAGCGGCUGCGGAGGAACGCGAGGCCAAGAGACGCGUGGAACGAGCUGAGCAAGAGGCUCGCACUGAGUAUCUCCGAAAGAAAGCCAGAAUUGCCCUACAGGCUGCUGGAGAAAAGGAAGGCGUUGACGAAGCAGGACCUAGUCAGAAGAAUGGAGAGCUGGAACAUCUCAAUCUUUUUCCUUUGGAAGAGUCCUCAGAAAAGAAGGGAAAUGAGGAGUAUCUCAAAGAGAAGAAAGAAGAGCAGGAGAGGCAGGAGCGGGCCAUCGGCCUGCUUGUGUCCCUUGGUCCCCAGCCGGGGACAGAGGUCACGCCCUGGUAUAUGAAAGGUAGCACGGAAAAAGAGGAGAGAAAAGAAAGUGAUAAGAAGAAGGGAAUCUCUGAGGAGGAGCGUGAGAAGAGGGACUGUCGACUGAAAGACAGUUUGGACCCACUUAAAGACAUCAAGAAAGCCCUUGGGGUUCAUUACAAGAAGGAACACAAGAGCAAGAAAAAGGACAAAAGGGACAAAGUGAAAAAGAGCAGCAGAGACAGUUCUAUUGAGACACUGCGGGCUGAGCGAUUGCAGAGGGAGGCUGAGGAAAGAAGGAGAGCUGAAGCACUCAUGGCUCAAAGGAACAGAAAGGAAAAAGAUCCACGGAUGGAGCUGAACGACAGAGAACGACCGUACAACAGUGCUUACUUCCCUGAACUAGCCAGGAAGAGGCAGAGGCGGGAUCGGGACAGCUGGAGAGAAGAGAUUUUAAAAUCAUGACCUGUCCGUCUUCUUAAAAUGACAUUCAACACGGAGGAAUGUUUUCUUUCUAGUUGUAUGUAUUGGCCAUCCAGGUGACUGACUCUCUGCUCACUUGCUUCUGAGCUAAUCAUCCAGGUCAGGGUCAUCAUGUGUCUCCUGUGCUGCAGCAGCAUGUUCCUCAUGAACACGUCAGGACAACAGAUGGUCGGCCUCAUAGGAGCUCAAGCUGUCUUCAACCAUAAACUGGCCCUGGAAGGGUGACACAUGGCUUUACAGAGCCAAGUGUGAUUUUGAGAGGAACCAGCUCACUGUCAUUUAUUUCAUCACACCAGCCAACGUGUUAUGUUGUAUCAUGCUUGUCAUCUACAAGUCUUCACGAAAGUCAUAACAUGCAAUGAAUCUGUUUUUAUUUUAACUUAAUUAAAUUUUUGUGUUGUCUGAUGGGCACAACGCGUUCUCUUUCUGAUAUUUUCUGUGCAGAACAACCACCAUAUAUAUAUAUAUAUAUAUAUAUAUGGUUCAAUGUGUUGCGUUUCGCAUCUACAGUAUGGUCAAUAGGUUCAUUUUUAACGGUGUAUGAAGGUGUUAUAUAACAUAGUGUUGUAUAAUAUUGAGUGCCGGAGUCACAGAACUGGUAGUGAGUGUAAACUGGAGGACUAUUUGGAAU